AUGUCGAACAGCAUACGGUUAAGUGGACUGUAUUUGACGAAACUGUUCUUGCUUAAAUUGGGAUUUUCGUGUCUGGACCUUUUGAACGCAGGCAUGAAGCAAUCUGGCGUGUAUUAUUUGCAAAUCAGGGGUACGGCCUACUGGUACCUGAAGGUGUUCUGCGAACAGGAGAUAGCGGACGGAGGUUGGACGGUUAUACAAAGAAGAGAUGACAUUGGAGAUCCGAUACGUGAGAAUUUCAAUAGGGAUUGGACAGAUUAUAAAAAUGGAUUUGGCGACCCUACUAAAGAAUUUUGGAUGGGAAAUGAAAACAUUUACAUGCUGACCAGUAACGAUGAAUAUAUGCUAAGAAUCGAGUUGGAAGAUUUCGAAGGAAAUAGAAGGUACGCUCAAUAUUCACAUUUCAAAAUUUACUCGGAAUCCGAAUACUACAAGUUAGAGAUUGAUGGAUAUGAGGGCAACGCCGGAGAUUCACUGAACGACCCGUGGUACGGAAGCAACAACAGUCCAUUCUCUACGUACAACAGAGACAACGAUAGAUCGAGCUUGAACUGCGCAUCGAUGUUAAAAGGAGGCUGGUGGUGGAAGUCUUGUGGAAGAGGGCUCAACGGAUUGUAUUUAAAUGAUCCACAAGAUUUAACAGCCAGACAAGGUAUCGUGUGGUUCCGCUGGAGAGGAUGGGAUUACACUCUGAAGAAAGCGCAAAUGUUAAUCAAACCAAAGGUCACCGUCAUUCCACCGUUACCCGUCGUCAACGCCGUUUGA